CGGGCCCCGCCUCGCCGUCACCGGGCCCGCACCGCUGCCCCGCGGCCGAGGCAGCAGGGGAGCAGCAGGGUGUAACCAGAUGCACUUCCAUGACAGGAUUUGACCUUUUUCAUGGUGUGGAUGAGAAAAAUUUGAUGCCCCCUCCAGCUCUCCCAGGGGAAUGGUCACAGCCCCCACUCUGGCCCCGCUGCCCCCGCUCGCCUUGUUCCGCAACCGGCACCUCCGCUUUGCCACGGCGCAGUGUGAAUAAAGAGGAGAUUUAAAUGUCUUCAGAAGACAAAGAAGCCCAGGAGGAUGAGCUGCUGGCUCUGGCCAGUAUUUAUGAUGAAGAGGAGUUUAAGAGAGCCGAGUCAGCCCCAGGAGGAGAAACGAGGAUCUGUCUGGAGUUACCCCAGGACUUCAAAAUUUUUGUGAGUGGCAGCUCCCCGGAGAGCCUGCAGAGCGGUGGGUUUGAAUACACCGUGUGCUUCCUGCCUCCCCUCGUGCUGAAUUUUGAGCUCCCCCCGGACUAUCCAUCCACCUCCCCCCCCCUCUUCACCCUCAGUGGGAAAUGGCUCUCCCAAGCCCAGCUCAGUGCUCUUUGCAAACACUUAGACAACGUGUGGGAAGAGAAUCGGGGCUGCGUGGUCUUAUUUGCCUGGAUGCAGUUCCUGAAGGAAGAAACGCUGAGUUACCUGAAUAUUUCUUCCCCCUACGAGCUAAAAAUGUGCCACCCAGGGAAGGGGCAGAGCAGGACACCUCUGGUCCCCCUCCCCACUGAGGAUUGCGGUGGCGCCGCGGGCUCUGCCGAGGCUGAGGAAGAAAUGGUGGAUGCCAGAGCUGUGCGGGACGUGGAGUCCCUGUCCAGCCUCAUCAGGGAGAUCUUGGACUUCGAUCAGGCUCAGAGGAGGAAGUGCUUUAACAGUAAGAUGUACUUGUGCAAUAUCUGCUUCUGCGAGAAGCUGGGCAGUGAGUGUAUGUACUUCACCGAGUGCAGCCACGUCUACUGCAAAGCCUGCCUGAAGGACUACUUUGAGAUCCAGAUCAGGGACGGGCAGGUCCGUUGUCUCAACUGUCCAGAACCGAAGUGUUCCUCAGUUGCCACCCCUGGCCAGGUGAAGGAGCUGGUGGGGGAGCAGCUCUUUGCGCGCUACGACCGCCUGCUCCUGCAGUCCAGCCUGGACCUGAUGGCUGACGUGGUGUAUUGCCCUCGCCCGGGCUGCCAGACGCCCGUCAUGCAGGAGCCGGGCUGCACCAUGGGCAUCUGCUCCUGCUGCAACUACGCCUUCUGUACCCUCUGCAAAAUGACCUACCACGGGGUCUCGCCCUGCAAAGUCACCGCGGAGAAAUUAAUGGAUUUGCGAAAUGAGUAUUUAGAAGCAGAUGAGGCAACUAAAAGAUUUCUGGAACAGCGCUACGGCAAACGAGUGAUUCAGAAAGCCCUGGAGGAGAUGGAGAGUAAGGAAUGGCUGGAAAAGAACUGCAAGUCUUGUCCUUGCUGUGGCACCCACAUAGAGAAACUGGAUGGCUGUAACAAGAUGACGUGCACUGGGUGCAUGCAGUACUUCUGCUGGAUCUGCAUGCGCUCUCUCUCCAGGAUGAACCCCUACAGGCACUUCAACGACCCGUCCUCCCCGUGCUUUAACAGGUUGUUUCAAGCUGUGCAUACUGAUGGUGAGUUCUGGGAAGCUGAAGAUGAAGACUAGUAUCGUCUCUGGAACUGAACCAACCAGACACAGAUGCUUUCCCUUUUUGUGUCAAGUUCCUUUGCUUUUCACCUCCAUUGUGUGAUAGGAAAAGGGCCAUUCCCGUGCCCUGCAGGAUACUCACACUUCAGAGGCUGCUGCCAAAACCAAAGGAGACCAUUUUACCCAUCCUGUGGUCACCAUCACCCAUGGAGGCCCUAAAAAUCCCAUCCAUCACUGAAGACACACAGAACCAGUCAGAAGUUGGAAAAUUACUGGAGAAAUGCAUCUAAGAGGUGCCCCUUUUUUUUUUUCAAAAGCAAAUAAACAAAACUGAUGCCCUGAAUCGUAGCAAUAUUUAGGGGUCUCCUUUAGGAAGACCUCCUUUUGAGGAUCUUGGCAUGUUACCAUUUGUGGGAAGCAUCAGUCAGAUAUUGAUAGUUGAGGUUAACUUGAAUUCUUCAAGAUAUUGAAAAUUACCUUGUCUUCUCAGAUGAUGAAGUAAUUUAUUUUUUACUAACUUCAUAUAAGAGAUUUGAUUAGUUGGUAUUUGCUUCUGGACUAGAUACCUUAUUUCCACUGUUCUUGCACUUCAAAUUAUUUCAAAACCCAAAUUGUUUCCCCUGGAAGCUCAGUCAGUUUUGUGAGCAUGAAAGUAAUUACUGGAGGGAACCACUGAUUUUUUUUUUUUUUUUGGAAGUUUUUCCACCCACAGAAGGGUCUAAAAAUUUAUUUUGACAUUAAAAACUGCAUGUGCUGUGUUCAGAACAAAAAGCAGGUGCCAGAUGGAUAGCUCAGGAACUGGGAGACUCUUGGGAAGCUCAAGGUGAACGCCUCUCACUCCGUUUUGACUGACAGUAAAUAAAUUUAUACUGGGAUUAUCUGGCCAAAACGAGUGCUGAUGUAGUUCCUUUCAUGGAGGAGGAAACUGAUUAAAGAGAUGGUGAACACGGGUGCCUUGGUUUAGGAUCUAGGACAGUGUGUAAAGUUUACAUUGUGUAUGGUUUAAAUUGUAUUUCCUGCACCUUUCACAUGCACUAAAUUCACUUUAAGACAGUAAA